AGGGUGGGCGGGUCAGAGGCGCGAGGUAGCUCUGGUCAGGUGAUGAAAUACCGUCACUUCACUUCACCUGCUCUAGUUUCCACACAAGCGGGACAUGAAACGAGCCCAAUGGAGCCACAGUACACAGAUCUAGAAUUGGCCAUCAACACCCUGGUGGUAAACUUCCACUCCGCAUCUUCAACUAAUGCCAACACGCUCACAGCCCAGGAGUUUCAGAGCAUGCUCUCCAAAGAGCUGCCCACCAUGGUGAAGACAGCAGGGGACCAGGAAGGACUCAACAAACUCCUGACAGACAUGAGCGUGGAAGAGGGGAAGGGCAUCAUGUUUGCAGAUUUUUGGAAAUUGGUCGAAUCUCUGGCCAAUGCUCAGUUUGGACUGCAGAGCAAAGAGAAGCAGGUGAAAUGUGUGAAAUGUAGUCUGAUGUGAGACCAGCCCUAAGCAAACAAGUCCUAUCAACAUUACGUAGGUGUCCACCACAGCCCUGAGAAAAUCAUUCACUUGUUACUCCCAUCACUUUCUGUAAUACUGUACGUCACUCUGCUGGUCUUUGGUAUAUGAGCUGAGGUCUUAUCAUAAUUUAAGUGUUUUUAUGGAGCUUUCUGAAUAAAUAUCCCACAAGCCCUUACAACACAGACCUCAAGUAAUCUCUAACAUCAGUGUAACCUGAGCCACACCUGCCUGGCCAGAUAACGUAAGAUCUAGUUGCUAUUUUAUUUCCUCAUUUGCUCUGGUGCUGCAGGUUUUUGUAUUAUUGUGACAUUUUUAACCUGCCCAAUCAUUUUAAUUUCUUUUUACAUAUAAAAUAUUGGAAAAUAUUUGUUAUGUGUUUGAAGUGACAACUGUGAUCAUAUUUGAAAUAACGUGGGCCACAUGUCUGUGCUGACUGAUAUAAAUUGGAAAAGAUAUAAUGUGAGUAAAGUAUAUUGUAGAGGUAAAACAAGAGAUGUGACACAUAUUCUGUACUGUAUUUGGCUUUAUGGUAACACAAUGUGAUUAUCUGUGAUGAUGCUAUUAAAUGCUUACUGAAGGUU